GGGUCAGUGGGUGUUUUUUAGUUGCGAUUGCGCUGCACUCGAAGCAAGCGGCAACCGGCGCGCUUCGACACCUCAACACCGAAAUUCACAAAUCCUGCUGCGAGGCCCACCGGACGCUGCGCAUUCAGGAAUAUAAAGCCGCCAGUGAAGCCAGCCGCACGCCGACCACAAGACAUCAGCAAAUCACAAUCCAACCAAUCCAAAAAUGUCGAAGGUGUUAAAAUGGGCACAAAACACAACGCAGGGAAAACUUAGCAUUAGCAAGAACAGCAAUGCGACGAACGGCGAAAAGAAAUGGAUACACCCACCCGAAGCAUUGCAGAAAGGGCAUAUAGUAUAUCUGGUUAAAUUCCUCGGCAACACAGUCGUCGAUCAACCGAAAGGUAUCGAAGUUGUUAAAGAAGGCAUUAGAAAACUGCAGUUUAGUCAGCAGUUGAAAAAGAGUGAAUCGGGCGGUGCCAAAAUGAAGAAACUUGAACUGACGAUUAGUAUUGAUGGUGUAGCUAUCCAGGAACCUAAAACACACACGAUUUUACAUCAGUUUCCGUUACAUCGCAUCAGUUACUGCGCUGAUGACAAAGGGGAGAAGAAAUACUUUUCUUUCAUCGCUAAACAGCCACACCAAGAUAAUGAAGCGGAUGAUAAACACGAAUGUUUCGUCUUCAUAUCGGACAAGCUUGCCGAAGAAAUAACGCUGACCAUCGGGCAGGCGUUUGAAUUGGCCUACAAACGCUUCUUGGAAACAUCUGGCAAAGAUCUGGAGUCCCAUCGGCGCGCCAUCCUUACCCAGCAAAAAAUAAAACGGCUGGAAUACGAGAAUAAUGUCUACAAGCAGCGCUUAUUGGAUGUGAGUAAAUUUUCCAGCUGUCGGGCGGAUCUGGAUGCUUAUAUGCGACGCCAUGAGAUUAAGAAUAUUCUGGAAGUCAUGUUGCCAUUGAAUAACGAGCAGAACGGGCAGGAUCAUCAUUUGCAAUCAGCGAAUGACACAACGUCGAACCAAUUGUUGGAUUUGGAUACUGAGCUUAGUACAACCAAUGGAAAUGCUCCUCCAGUUCCCCCAAGAAAUUUCGAUAAUCAACCGAUUGUUGGUACAAAACUGCAAAAUUUGCUCCUGAAUGAUCUGGAAGAAGACGAUGACGACUUCGACCCGAGGUCAUUUGAAAACAACCACACUACAAAUCAUGUAUUUGCGAAUGGCAAUGGUGCUGUAAAUCAUAUGAAUGCCAGCAGUCCUCCAUUACUUGCGCCUCCACCAAAAGCAGCCAAACGCAAUAAUAUAAACAACAACGACAGCCCUGUGCGAACGUUUGGUCAAGAGUUGUUUUCGUCAUCGAUGAAUAACUUUAGUGAACCGAUGGCUAAUGCUAAAACUUCCGAUCCGUUUGAAAUGGGUGACUUCAAUGCCACCAGUCCGUCAACGCAGUUCGAGAACGACAUCGGUAUGCUGGACAAGCGAAUUAUGGAAAUGAAGACUGGCUUCAGCCGUGGUAUAAGCUUUGGCAACGAAGACUUCUCGUUGGAGAGUUUAGACCCGCUAAAGAAUUAAUAUUGUUCAAUUUGUCAAACAUUUAUGUUAAACAUAAACAGCGCGCGAACGUUGUUACUAAACAAUACUCUAAGCUAAUAGAGACGUGAUCCACAAAACCAAGAGUAAACAAUUGUAAAAGAUAUAUAUUUUGUCUUUAUAAUGUAUAUUUUGUGUAAGUAUAAUCUAUGAUGUAUAUUUUUCUAUUUAAGCAAGAGAAAAUUUUGUGCAUGCUCUUUGAUUGCGCAAGCAGAGCUAUGUGAAACGAAGCAUCACGCUUUCUUAUGAUUAUGAAAACAAAUCAAUCAAUAUCAAUUGUUAUAUACAAAUUGUUAAUAAAGUUUAUCAAUCAUUUAA